AUGCCUGCAUCGACACGGUCGUGCUCGAACUCCUACCCGGCCUCGAGUCUACAGCAUCUGGCGCUGUGUCCUGGCCGUGACGGGUGCAGCGCAAUGCCUUGUGCCUACUCGGCGGACACGAUCCCAGCAGGCCGCCGCAACAAGUGCAUCCCGAACGGAGCGCUGUUCACGUGCGAGUGUGCGAGGGACGGGAACGGCAACGCGCUGUACACGGGAUCGCGCUGCGAGUCGAUCGUGACGCCCGAGUGCCCUGCGCCGGGGAAGAUGUACGUGGUGGACGGCGUCGACAGGUGUUGUCCGUCCGGGGUGUACACGUCGAAACUGGAGUGCUGCCCGUUCGCUGACAUGGUGGAGGAUGCGAACGGGGCGUGCUGCUUCAGGGACGCACGGACUGCGCGCGGACGCGGGGACGUGUUGGACGGGUGCAACGUGUGCGGCGGCAAGGGCAAGGGGCGUAUGAGGGGGGAAUGCUGCGAGGGCAAGGCUGACAAGCACGGCAAGUGCUGCCCGCCGAACAACCCCUUCACGGGACUGAAGCAAGAGGUGGACGAGUGCGGGAACUGUGGAGGCGGCAACCGGGGGUGCGACUUUGAGGCCACAGUGGCGUUUGACGUUCCCCCGUCGAACAGGAACCAUCCGGAGCUGAAUAGCAGCAUCGCUACGUGGGUGUCGGAGUCGACGGGCGCAGGGGAGCACCGCGUAAGCGUGACAGGCCGCGCGUCAGGGCCCGGGAACAGCUUUGACAUCGGCGUGACCAUUGGAGGCGUCCAGAGGGACGGGGACGCGGCGAUGGGCCAGGGCCGCAUUGCAGGAUCGAUCGGUGCGUCGGUCGCCCGCGGGAAGGAGCUCAAGUCCAAGGGGCAAGUGUCUCGCGCGUCGCGUGCGUUGAUGCAGACCUUCCUGGGAACGGGUUCGGGUAUGCAAGCCGUCGACACGCUCGCCGUGUGCGGCAACGGCCAGUGCGAGGGAUCCCUUGAGACCAUUGUAGUUGGCCCGAAUGGAGUGACGGCGGGCUGCACAACCAUCGGGCCGUCCGGUGCGACCGACUGCGCGACGCCCAUCUACACCUGCAAGGCGCCGGACUGGGCCCCGACGGUGGCGUGCGGCGGUGUCGGAGCAUGCGAUGCAGACGAUGCCUCUCUGCCCGUUCUGCAGCAGACGUCGACCUGCCAGUGCGACACGGGAUAUGCCGGGGAGGCGUGUCAGGUCUGCGACACAGGUUACGCCGAGGCGGAGGGCAGCCGCGCGGCAGGGUCGCUGCGGUGCCUGCAGCUCACGGUGUCGGCGUCCCGGGCGGUCCCACCGACCAACCCGCCAGCAGCAGCAGCGACCUUUGGACCAGUAGCUACGCAAGGGCCCGUGGCAACGCAAGUGAGCAGUGCGACGCAGGCUCCAGCGGCUAGCGCACAGCAGCCAACGACCGAGACGGCGGCACCAGGCGCAUCUGGCGACUCAGAGGCCGCGGCGUCGCCCACGGCAGGACCGGACACGAUGCUGCCCACUGGCGAUAAUGUUGGCAGCGCUUCGGUUGGGUCAGAUUCGGGCUCUUCCUCGUCCGGGUUCAGCCCAGCCCUGAGCGCGGGCGCGGCUGGAGGCGCGAUGCUGAUUGUCGCAGUCGUUGGGGCGGCUUUGGUAGUGAAGGUGGUGAAGUGGAGGCGUUCAGUGACAGAAGUGGCGCCGAGCGACAACCCUGCCCUCCGAGCACCGCCUUCGUCGCCGGGGCCGAUGAAUCUGAUAGGCCGCCCAGCAACCAGAGCUCGUACCACGGUCGAGGACAUGCUGGAGCCUGUCGAGGAAACGAUGGAGCCUGCCGAGGAAACGAUGCCUGUCGAACCUGCACAGAGGUCGGGCACCCGGGCUCUUGCCUCCCGGCCCGGCAUGUUCGUACCGCCCAUCAUCAGGGUUUCUGUCGCGCCGAUCACCUGA